CUCUGGCAGGGAAGUCGCGUCGCACGUUGCUAGUUAGUUGCAAUGUUGUAGCUAUUAGCACGACAGCCGUUCCUUUGCUGGGAGGUAGACCCGUCGUUUAGUUCUCAAACACACUUUGCCCAGAAUCCAUUCGCUGGCCAUCGGGACGAACUAACACAUUAGCUGCCUUGUUGUCUCUUUCCUUUAUCCCGCUCGCUAGCUAACUAGCAUAACUAGCUAGAUAGCUAGCCAGUCCCUAGCGCUUCUCCGUCUGCUGCCCGUCUGCUGGACCAUGGCGAUGAGACAGACUCCGCUCACCUGCUCGGGUCACACCCGGCCUGUGGUUGACUUGGCCUUCAGCGGUAUCACUCCCUAUGGCUACUUCCUCAUCAGCGCCUGCAAGGAUGGCAAGCCCAUGUUGCGCCAGGGAGACACAGGGGACUGGAUCGGAACGUUUCUGGGUCACAAAGGUGCUGUCUGGGGAGCCACCCUGAACACGGACGCCACUAAAGCAGCCACGGCUGCCGCAGACUUCUCAGCAAAGGUGUGGGAUGCAGUGAGUGGAGACGAGGUCCUCACGCUGGCACACAAGCACAUCGUCAAGACUGUCACCUUCACUCGUGACAGCAACUGUCUCCUGACUGGGGGAAACGACAAGCUGCUGCGGUUAUACGACCUUGUCAACCCUGAAGCAGCACCACAGGAGAUUUCAGGUCACACUUCAGCAAUAAAGAAAGCCCUGUGGUGUAAUAAUGACAAACAGAUCCUGUCUGCUGCUGAGGACAAAACCAUCCGGCUUUGGGACAGGAGCUCCAUGGAGGAGGUGAAGACUCUGACCUUCGACAAAAGCGUGAGCAGCAUGGAGUAUGUGGCUGAUGGGGAGAUUCUAGUGAUCACAUAUGGAAAGACAAUCGCUUUCUACAACGCUCUAAGCUUGGACCUGAUCAAGACUGUGGAAGCCCCAGCUACCAUCAACUCGGCCUCCCUCCACCCAGAGAAGGACUUCUUUGUUGCCGGUGGCGAGGACUUCAAGCUCUAUAAAUUUGACUACAGCACAAAGGAGGAGCUGGAGUCCUAUAAGGGCCACUUUGGCCCAGUCCACUGUGUUCGCUUCAGUCCUGACGGUGAGCUCUAUGCCAGCGGCUCUGAAGACGGAACCCUGCGUCUGUGGCAGACGGCAGUUGGGAAAACCUACGGCCUGUGGAAGUGUGUCCUUCCUGAGGACCUGGGGUCGGAGAACUCUGAGCAGCUGUACACCUCACCCCCUGAGAUCAAAGCUUGAAGAGAGGCCGUGCUCUGAAACGACAGGCGGACGAAGGAUCUGCUGUCCCCCAACAAGGAGAGGUGUCCAGCAUCUCCACCCUUCGGGGCUCAUGCCCUGUAGACCAACCACCUCUCACACAGACACAGUGGGUUUUGUGCAGCCUAUGGACAGUAUGGGCUGGGGAAUAAAGCAGUAGAGCUGUGAGUGUCUGGCUCAUCGCUGCCUGCUUUCUCUCCGGUCAGCCCAGUGCUGUCUGGCUGCUGAAGUCCUCUUGGUUUCCCUUGGCCCCUGAAUGUUCCAAAGCAUAUAAUGCAAAGAUCAGUUUGGUUUUACAAAGUGUUUGAUGAGCCGGACCAACGCUUUUGUUUUCAGUUACACAAAGUGGUGGUGGCACAGUGUGUGCUAACGAUGCUUUCGUUUUGUUUUGACAGUCCUGUGCGGUUUUACUAGUUGAUACGUAAAGUUAAGUGUCUAAACAGAGAUUGGUUUUGUGGCAAUGGGUCCGUUUGUUCAAUUUGGUUUGUCUUUGCAUCUGAUAAAGAAAUAAAUUGGUGCAUUACUGUUUUUCUCUGUGUAAUGCAUUAAGAUCAA